AUGCCGUUCGGCUGUUUAACGCUUGGGGAGAAGAAGGACUAUAACAGUCCUACAGAAGUGACAGACAAAUAUGACCUGGGACAGAUUGUUAAGUCGGAGGAGUUCUGUGAGAUUUUCAGGGCCAAGGACAAGAAUACAUUGAAAAUGUUCACUUGUAAAAAGUUCCUGAAAAAAGAUGGAAGAAAAGUCCGGAAGGCUGCCAAGAAUGAGAUUCUCAUUUUGAAGAUGGUUAAGCAUCCCAACAUUCUUCAGCUGGUUGAUGUCUACGAGACCAGGAAAGAAUACUAUCUCUUUCUUGAACUUGCUACAGGAAGAGAAGUGUUUGACUGGAUCCUAGAUCAGGGCUAUUACUCAGAGAGGGACACCAGCAACGUCAUCCGCCAGGUGAUGGAGGCAGUGGCAUACCUGCAUUCUAUGCAUAUAGUACACAGGAACCUGAAGCUGGAGAACCUGGUGUACUAUAAUCGCCUGAAACACUCUAAAAUAGUCAUUAGCGAUUUCCACCUGGCGAAGCUGGAGAACGGACUCAUCAAAGAGCCGUGCGGAACCCCGGAGUACCUGGCUCCAGAGGUGGUUGGGAGACAGAGAUACGGCCGACCCGUGGACUGCUGGGCCAUAGGGGUCAUUAUGUAUAUACUGCUUUCAGGAAACCCACCAUUCUAUGAUGAAACUGAUGACGAUGACUAUGAAAAUCAUGACAAGAACUUGUUCAGAAAGAUCUUAGCAGGAGAUUAUGAGUUUGAUUCUCCAUACUGGGAUGACAUCUCUGAUUCAGCAAAAAGCCUGGUCGCACGUCUAAUGGAGGUUGAUCAGGACCAAAGGAUUACCGCACAGGAGGCUAUUAACCACGAAUGGAUAUCAGGAAAUGCAGCCUCAGACAAAAACAUAAAAGAUGGUGUGUGUGCCCAGAUAGAGAAGAACUUUGCCAAAGCUAAAUGGAAGAAAGCGGUGCGGGUCACAACCAUCAUGAAGAGGCUCAGAGCACCAGAGCAGAGCAAUCCGGCAGCGGCCGCAGCAGCACCAGCAGCUUCUGCAGAAACAACCGGCCCCGCAACGGGUGCCCAGGAAGCACCCCAGGCCCCAGCCGACGCCCCCACAGCCCCGGCCAACGGCGAGGGUAACCCCUCCUCGACAGAGCCCGCCGUAGCGGAGACGCGGUCCGCUGAGCCGGGCGAAGCCGCGGCCGCCUCCCAGCCGGGAGAACCUGACCAGCCCAGACAAGCUCCCGAGGAGGCAGACCCCACAUCGCGGUGUAACGGAGAGGCUCCAGCGCCCCUACCGUCGGCCGCAGACACCGGAGACGAGCAGAACGGCUAA